GGUGGAGAAGGGUCACAGUCCUCACUGAGUGAGACCCCCCCUGCUCCCUGCCCCUGUCCUCUCUGAGCUCCAGCAUGGUGUGUCUGCGGGUCCCCAGAGGCUCCUGGAUGGCUGCUCUGAAGGUGAUGCUGAUGGCACUGAGCCCUCCCCUGGCUCAGGCCAGGGACACACCAUGGCAUUUCCUGGUGCAGAGGAAGUCCGAGUGUCAUUUCUCCAACGGGACGGAGCGGGUGCGGUACCUGGAGAGAUACAUCUACAACGGGCAGGAGGACGACGUGCGCUUCGACAGCAACGUGGGGGAGUUCAGCGCGGUGACUGAGCUGGGGCGGCCCAUCGCUGAGCACUGGAACAGCCAGGAGGGCCUCCUGGAGGAGAAGCGGGGCUAUGUGGUCACGCUCUGCAGACACAACUACGUGGAGUUUGAGAGAUUCCUGGUGCAUCGGCAAACUGAGCCCACAGUGACCUUGUAUCCUGCAAAGACCCAGCGCCUGCAGCACCACAACCUCCUGGUCUGCUCCGUGAAUGGCUUCUAUCCGGGCCACAUUGAGGUCCACUGGCUGCGCAACGGCCAGGAAGAGGAGGCCGGGGUGGUGUCCACGGGCCUGAUCCGGCGGAACGGGGGGACCUUCCAGACCCUGGUGAUGCUGGAGACAGUUCCCCGGAGCGGGGAGGUCUACACCUGCCAAGUGCGGCACCCCAGCAGCACCAGCCCUGUCACUGUGGAAUGGAGGGCCCAGUCUGGAUCCGCACAGAGCAAGGUGCUGAGUGGAGCCGGGGGCUUCGUGCUGGGCCUGCUCUUCCUCGGGGCGGGGCUGCUCAUCUACUUCAGGGCUCAGAAAGGACACUCUGGACUUCAGCCCACAGGACUCCUGAGCUGAGGUGGCCAUGGGGACAAGGGCAGGAGAGAACCUUCUGUCAGGCCCCUUGGCAGCCUGAAGAGGUUUCCUGCUGGGCUUUCACUCCACAAGGAGAGCCGCCUUGGACUCUGGCUGUGUCCUGGCUCUUGACUCCCCAGCAGCUCCUCCCUGCUGGUUCCUCCCCACCCUGGACCUGGAGGCCCCAGUGUUUGGCUGCAGAACCUUAUAACCAUCCCUCCCUGUCCCUGUGAGUUCAAUCCUCGCUGUCUGAUAAGCACUUUAGCUCACCUCUGCCCUCAUUUCUUUACAAAAUGUUCCUCAAUUAAAUAUGGAGUGAAAUCAUCUGGCUCACAGGCUUCAAGGGCAGGAAGUAGGAAGAAAGGAGCUGCACAGGACCUAGGAGACUGGAUGCCAACAGAGCUGUGCAGGCCAAGGGCCCUAGGCCGCCUCCGAACCCCUCACAUGCAGAGGAGGCACCUGAGCCCAGAAGCCCAGAGCCUCCCAAGUCACACAAGUCAGGAUGGAGACCCAGGUUCCCACCCCAGGCCCACAGCUCACUCGGUGUGACUCCCCCAGGUCAUCAGGAGCCAGGAAGGGGCUGGAGCAGGGAGUGUGGUCCCUGCCCCCUCCCAGGCUUCUGGAGCUCAGUCUGGGAGACAGAGUCAGGAGGAGUCCAGUCCCCUGUGGGCCUAGAAGCAGUUUCCAUGCUUGGGCACCUCCCAGUCUCCUGUUGGGACAACCCCACCCCCAGGAAGCUCCCGUCUGAUGGGGACAAAAGAAACAGAGAGCCAAGCGAACCCGUAAGUCAUUGGUGAGAACACACCACGACAGGAGAGAGAGGCUGGGCCCUGGCUGGUUUCGCUCAGUGGAUAGAGCGUCAGCCUGCAGACUGGAGGGUCUUGGGUCUGAUUCCAGCAAAGGCAUGAGCCUGGGUUGCAGGCUUGAUCCCCUGUGUGGGGCAUGCAGGAGGCAGCCAAUC